AUGACAUCAGAAGUAGACGUAGAUGAGCUUAUUAGUAGGCUUCUGGAGGUCCGAUCAUCCAGACCCGGGACUACUGUAAAUAUGAAGGAAGAAGAAGUUCGAUAUUUAUGUGUUACUUCACGACAAAUUUUCUUAUCACAACCUAUUCUGUUGGAAUUACAAGCUCCUUUGAAAAUUUGUGGUGAUAUUCACGGCCAAUACACAGACUUAUUACGUCUUUUCGAAUACGGUGGUUUUCCUCCAGAAUCUAACUACCUGUUUCUUGGAGAUUAUGUAGACAGAGGCAAACAGAGCUUAGAAACUAUUUGCCUUCUUCUUGCUUAUAAAAUUAAGCAUCCAGAAAACUUUUUCCUUCUUCGUGGGAAUCAUGAAUGUGCUGCUAUUAAUCGGAUAUAUGGAUUUUAUGAUGAAUGUAAACGACGUUUCAGUGUUCGAUUAUGGAAAACGUUCACUGAUUGUUUUAACUGUUUACCAAUCGCUGCAAUUGUAGAUUCAAAAAUAUUUUGUUGCCAUGGUGGAUUAUCUCCAGAUUUGCAAAAUAUGGAUCAAAUACGACGUAUCAUGAGACCGUCAGAUAUUCCUGAUACAGGACUUUUAUGCGAUAUUUUAUGGUCAGAUCCUGAUAAAGAUGUUAAUGGUUGGGCUGAAAAUGAUCGUGGUGUGAGUUUCACAUUCGGUCCAGAUGUAGUUACUAAGUUUCUCAACCGACAUGAUAUGGAUUUAAUUUGUCGAGCGCAUCAAGUAGUUGAAGAUGGUUUUGAAUUUUUCUGUCGUCGUCAGUUAGUAACCUUAUUUUCUGCACCAAAUUAUUGCGGUGAAUUUGAUAAUGCCGGUGGUAUGAUGUCUGUAGAUGAAAAUUUAACAUGUUCAUUUCAGAUACUUAAACCAUCUGAAAAGAAGGCUAAAUAUCAAUAUCAAGGUGCAAACGCUGCUGGCAAUCAAGCCAGAUUGACUGCUCGAAUACCAUGAUCACUAUGUUCGUUGUCGAUAGUAAUACAUGCUUCCAUAAAUGCUUAUCAUAAUAUGUGCGUAGCAAAGAACUGUCUGGAGUAAAGAACGAUAAAUCAAAAUUUUGCUAACGAAUGGUAUUUCAUCAUAUUUCAAUACAAUUUCAAACUUUUAUGCUUAUAUAUAUAUAUAACUAUUGUUCCUUAAUUUUAUUUUACACAAAUAAUGCACACAAUAUUUUUAUUGGUAAAUUAAAAUUAACUGAAGCACAUGUAUUUACUAUUUGGUUGCUUAUUACGUUUACUGUUUGUGUAUAGACGGCACAGGCACACAUUACUAACAACGGGUUUAAACACUACUUCAAUUAUAUGCACAAAUCUUCUGAGAAUAAAAGGAUUAUGGUUACAAAUAUUUACUCAAUACCUGAUGAGGUUUCUGUUUUUUGAGAUAUUUUCUUUUCCAUAUUAGUGAAUGCGUCCACUGCUCAAAUAACAACUACUCUCCUCAUGUGUUUUAUGUGUGGGUGUAUCAUAUGCUUCUUCACUGUCUUACUAUAACUAACGCAUUCAGCGAGAUGAUACAACAAUUGGGAACUGUAUUUUGUCUAUAAAAUAGUUUCUACUUGCCGGUCGAUCAGUUUUGUCCUAGUUGACAUAUUUUCACCCAUAAACACACAUGUCGUCAACCAAACUACUUGUAAAAAAUGUAAUUUUUCGAUUCCUCCUAGUUUGUCUUUUCUUCCUUUCGUGCAUGAUAAACAACACAAUACUUAUUAACCGAUGAUAAUAAAAAAUUUUGUUUAAAUUUUUCCGUACAUACACCUACUCACUCCUUCCGCAAUCACAUUUGAUAUAUGGAAUACUAUACUGUAUACCUUUAGUUAUGUGCUUUGUACUGCAUCUUACCAAAUGAUGAUGAUGAUAUGAGUCAACAUUUGAACAAAUAACAAGAUAAGUAUCCAAAACGUUACAUAGGUUUUAAUUUUACCGUCAUUUUGAAGUACCUGUUCAUUCACAAUAUGCUGUGCUAUAUUUCAUAAUUUUUGAAAAUCAGUUUCUGUGGCUUAGCAUUCCCCUGCCCCCUCCACAUACACUUGUCGUUAGUUUCUAACUCCUAUAAUUUUUCCUUUACCACUAAUACUGCUGCUACUGCCGAACAUGCACAUAUGAAAACCAAUUUUUAGCGUUUUGAACGGAUUAAUCUACGUCUCUUAUUCUUUUCUUUUCAGUUUUUAUUCGUUUCUAUUAUAUCUUAAGAAAUCAUUGGAACUUUUUUAUCCGUUUAAGCAUACUCUCUCUACUAUGAAUGCCUCUUUCCUAUGUCUAACCUUCUCCACAUCAACUGACUUAGUAGUAACUGCUGUUUUUAAUCGAGUAUAGUCGUAGCAGGUAUAAUAAAGAGAGUAGCAGUAAGUAACACACAAAAUGAAGUGAUAUGAUCUUCAUAUUGACCAAAAUAACCAGUUCUUAUGUCUGGAACCGAUACUGAAUUAUUAGUUCUAUGUGAUCAAUGAUACACUUGCUAGACUUAUUCGCAUCAGUGCAAAUGAAAAUGUGUGUAUAAUUUACUUUGUUAUCCUACUAUAACAACCUUAUUAAUCCCUUCGGACGUCAUACCUAAUGAUAAACAAAAACGUACACUUUGAUACACUUCACACACCACUUGUUUGUUAAUAAAUCUUGUCUGUAACGCACUCUCAUUUGUUAAUUUAAUUGGUGAUAUUCGUUUUUCUCCGGGAUAUUUUUUUCUAUUAGUUACUCACCUACCUUUCUUUGUUCGAACUGUAUGUAUAUUUGUUUUAUUGUCCGUUGUCAGAUUAUUUCAAUUUCUUCCUUUCUCUCUCUCACUUUCUUGUUUCUGAAGAUUAUCAGUGAAAAAGCAAAACUUAUGACGGUCACUGUCACCUUAUUUCUGACCAUUUACAAACUAUGUUUGUGUACAUGAAUAGUUCCUUUUUAUUCUUUUGGUUAGUUGCCUUUUUUGUUCGUUUGUUUAUUUACUAGUUAGUUCUUUGAUAGUAAUUAUAAAUAUUAUCCGUUGUUUUUUUUGU